AUGUCUUCCAACGCCAGUACAAACCCCGCUGUCAACAAGUCUGAAGAAGAGUGGCGAGCGAUCCUUAGUCCGGAGCAGUUUAGGAUCCUUAGGCAAAAGGGUACCGAGAGGCCAGGUACUGGCGAAUACGAGCAUACCAAAGACGAAGGAGUAUAUCAUUGUGCCGCUUGUAAUGCCCCGCUUUACAAAUCAACGACCAAGUUUUCUAGUGGAUGUGGAUGGCCUGCUUUCUUUGAUGCAAUUCCCGGUGCAGUCAGCAGACACGAGGAUCGCUCUUUUGGGAUGGUUAGAACAGAGAUAACCUGCACAAACUGUGGAGGCCACCUUGGCCACGUCUUUAAAGGAGAAGAUUUUGAUACGCCGACCGACGAACGCCAUUGCGUUAACAGUGUCAGUCUUAAAUUCGACCCCGCGGAUAAGUAG